GCAAUCAUGCUGUCUUGAACAGUUUCACUUCCUGUUUUUUUUCCCCGGCUGAGCUGCUGUUGUCGCUGUGAAGCAGGACAGCUCUUCAUCUCUGCUCUCCAUCAGUAUAUCACUCCACUGCCUGCGCCACAAGACGACUACAAAUGGCCCCCCAGUGGCUGAGCUGCAGUACUGCAGUGUUUCUGCUUUUGGUUCACAUCACUGCGGUUAUCACACAGUCUUGCGGGGGAAACCCAGGGAUCCCUGGGAUACCCGGCACCCAUGGGCCCAACGGCAUGGAUGGUCCCAAGGGAGUGAUGGGAGACCCUGGUGAGGCAGGUCAGCCAAUCAGGGGAAAGAAGGGGUCUUCAGGUCCGGGGGCCCCAGGACGGCCUGGGCUGAAGGGGGACACAGGUCUUACGGGGCCUCCCGGUAAUCCAGGCCCAUCAGGGGAGAAGGGAAGACCCUUCAACCCUUCCAACCAGCAGAGUUCCAUCUUCUCCUACAAACGGGUUAUAUCACAAGCACCAGAUUUAGAUACCCCCAUGAUCUUCAACAGAGAUAUUUUGUCGGAAUCGGAUGAACAGCCUCAAGGACAAUUGCUGCCAAACGGGACGUUCACAUGCACCAUCAGAGGAGUCUACUUCUUCAGUUAUCAUGUUUCAGCAAAGAGCAGAGUGGGUCUGAAGCUGGUAAAGAACAGCGAGAGUCACAUGACUUUCUAUGGCACAUCCGAGGGUUUCCUGGUCACCUCCGGCUCGGCAGUCAUGGCGCUGGAGGUCGGAGACACGGUCUCGCUGCAGGCAACCAGGCACAACAGCAUCGUGACGAGCCAGACCAGUACCAGUCACACUUUCACCGGCUUCCUGAUCUUCCCAAGCGCCUAGAUUCUCUGGACUCUGGUCCACAAAAUCAUUGUUUAAAACGCCAAAGCCUUUUUUUGGGACAUUUACAGCAACGAAAUGAAAUAUGUUUUUCUGUAAUCAUGCAAAGAUCAGCAGAAUAAAUAAAGAUUAGCUCAAUAGUGGCACCCCUACCUUAAA